UGAACCUGCUGGUGAAGGUGGUGCAGCUUCCCAAACCAUGUCCAGGACGGAGCCUCUGGGAGAUGCUGAGGGGAAUUACCCAGCUACAGGUCACAAGAAACCCCAUGAGCCAGCCAUAGUCAAGAUGCAAGUACUGAAGGAAAUGCAGCAGGAAGGACAAGCGAUGGACCAAAAAGCUGUACUGAAGGUGGCAUUUCCCGGGGUAAGUGGCGGCUCAUUGGAAGGCCCUGCAGGAAGGAAGGCGAUGCCAGACACGGGCACAGGCACAGCAGAUGAAGUGUCAGGGAAGGCUUCUCCAUUAACUUGGCUGCAUAAAGUUUUGGUCCUAUCUGAGCCACCGUCAGGUGUGUCUGCAGGGAGGACUUCUCCAGCUCCUUUGCUGAUUCGUACACAGAAGCCCAGCUCCCAUCACAGGAAUCCUAGGAGGGGAAAGAACAAAGGCAAAGGACACCAGAAACCCCAUGAGCCAGCCAAAAACAUGAGGCAAAUGCUGAAAGAAUUGCUGCAGGGAGGAGGACAAGUGGAUGGAGAGGCUGGGCAGAAGGUGGCGUUUCCCGAAGGAAGCAGUGGCUCCAUGCCAGCCUCUGUUGCAGGAAGGGAGGUGAUGCCAGGCACAGGCAGAGGAGAUUGGGAUCGUGACAUGGAUUCCAUGCUUGUCUUUCUGGAUGAGAGUUUGAAGACCUCGGCAGAUAGUAGAGCUAACCCGGCUGGUGAAACUGAUCUGGCUUCCCAACCCACGUUCAGGAAUGAGCCUCUGGGAGGUUCUGAGGGUGUGUCUGCAGGGAGGACUUUCCCAGGUCCAUUGGUGGAUGUUGCACGCAGGCCCAGCUCCCUUCGCAGGGGUCUCCUGAGAUUGGAGAACAAACUUAGAGGAGAGAGUAAGUUCCUGGAGGCAUCCAAACACAUGGAGAAGAUGCUGAGUGAUCUGGAGAGAAGACAAGAAGUGGAUGGAGACGCUGGGCAGAAGGCGGCAUUUCCCGAAGGAAGCAGUGGCUCCAUGACAGCCUCUGCUGUAGGACUGGAGGCGAUGCCAGGCACAGUCACAGGAGGUAAUAUCUGUGCCUCUGGGCCUGAGCCCUGCUGA